AUGUGCUCUACAGGAUGUUGCUCUACCGGAUGCUGUUCCGUCGUGAGGAGCAAGACGGUGUGCUGCACCCAGCCGUGCCAGAAGACCGUCUGCUGCGAACCAUGCCAGAAGACCAUCUGCUGCGAACCGUGCCAGAAGAAGACCAUCUGCUGCAGCCCAUGCCAGCAGUCCUGCUGCUGCGACCCAUGCCAGAAGCCUUGCUGUGACCCAUGCUGCUGUGACCCAUGCCAGCAGUCCGUCUGCUGCGACCCAUGCCAGAAUCCCUGCUGUGACCCGUGCCAGCAGUCCUGCUGCGACCCAUGCCAGAAGCCUUGCUGUGACCCGUGCCAGCAGUCCGUCUGCUGCGACCCAUGCCAGAAUCCCUGCUGCGACCCAUGCCAGCAGUCCGUCUGCUGUGACCCAUGCCAGAAGCCCUGCUGCGACCCAUGCCAGCAGUCCGUCUGCUGCGACCCAUGCCAGAAGCCUUGCUGCGACCCAUGCCAGCAGUCCUGCUGCGACCCAUGCCAGAAGCCCUGCUGCGACCCAUGCCAGCAGUCCUGCUGCGACCCAUGCCAGAAGCCUUGCUGUGACCCAUGCCAGCAGUCCUGCUGCGACCCAUGCCAGCAGUCCUGCUGUGACCCAUGCCAGCAGCCUUGCUGUGACCCGUGCCAGCAGUCCUGCUGUGACCCAUGCCAGAAGCCUUGCUGUGACCCGUGCCAGCAGUCCUGCUGCGACCCAUGCCAGAAGCCUUGCUGUGACCCAUGCCAGCAGUCCUGCUGCGACCCAUGCCAGAAGCCUUGCUGUGACCCGUGCCAGCAGUCCUGCUGCGACCCAUGCCAGAAGCCUUGCUGUGACCCGUGCCAGCAGUCCGUCUGCUGUACCAAGGUGUGCCAGAAGCCCUGCUGCUGCUGUGGCCAGCGCCCCUGCUGCUGCUGUGGCUGCCGCCCCUGCUGCUGCUCUGGAUGUCUCUCUUGCUGCUCCUACGUAGUGAAGAAGAAGCCCGUUGUGGUGUGUUACAGCCCUGUGCAAUACUGCUCUCCCGUAAGGAGGUAUUGCAUACCCAUCCAGCAGUGCUGCACCACAGUCAAGAAGUGUUGCUGA